AUGUUCUACGGGCGGAUUCUCCCAGGCCCGGUUCUUUCCUCAGCCCACUCCCAAUCCGUCAUUGUGGACGGUGACCAGGCCUGGGAGACCCUCUCUCGCACCAUGUGGCCUUCACUCCAACCACGACCAAGUCUAGUCAACAUUCUCCCAGCCUUGUGUUCCGCGAUCCUCAGAGAAAGAGGUCUCCACCCAGUGCGCGUGCCGAGACCGCACCGGCACCUCCUGGGCCCGUUCACCCGACCUAAGAUCGCGAUGAUCUUCAAGCGUGGUGUAGAGGGUAUACAGUCCCAGCAGCAGCAGCAACAACAGCAAAAAGGGGGUCCUUCGAGUGUUGUGGACGGAAUCUUAGAGGCUAUCAACGAGCUAGAGCAGUUCCCUCGACCACAACAACACCCUGCCCGUCCUUUUUCCACCUCUUCCUCCCCUUCUAUUACGACGACCACUCCAGCCCGCGUAGCAGACUACUGGACCGUGUCACAAGGCGCAUAUCCAGCCUGGGCCACAGACUUAGAAACCUCCCCCGAAGCCAGCUUCUUCAACGAGAGGGUCUACCACUGGCUAUGCUGGAUCCAGCAUGAACUCAGCCAGCUCGUCUCUCGGGAAGAUGACCAUAUCGGACCCUACAGCUUCUUCCACUGGGAUCUGGUCUCCUCAUUUCUCGAGUUCAUCGUCGCCUACGAAAACGGUGGCGAGGCGGCAGCGGGGGACGAUCAUGAUGAAGCCGAGCAAGGCACGACAGAAGCCAGACCGACAAGGCAACGACAGCCGGAUCCGCAGCACAAACCAAAGCAGCGGCCCCACACGAAUAGUAAACACCCCUUCGCCACCUGGCGCCGAAACAUGCACGCCCUCUUCGACCACUUCCCCACCAUCGAAGCCCAUGUCCGCAAACGCGGAAGACGACGAGCCGAAAUGUGCGCCAAUGGUUACCAUAUGUCCCCAACUACCGGUUUGGGGGACCAGUUCGAUGUUGUGGUUUGGUGUGAGGGGGUGGUGGGGUAUGACCAGGUUGGUUCGGAUAAGAUUCGCGAUGCGUGUCUGGGGAUGAUUUUUCGGGCCAUGUGUUGGCAUCGCUGUCAUUAUAUGAGUCCGGAGGAUGAGCCGUUCCGGUCCGACUUUUAUAGCAACAUACAACAGGUGGGAAUUGAAUAAGGUGACUUUUGGUCUGAUGGAUGAAAUGGGGCAGUUUAGCAUGGC